AUGACCUUCUCAAGGUUCUUGCCUCUAUGCGUUACAGUGUCAUGGCGUCAAAAUCUUGAACUCAACCAAUGGUGUGUUAACUGCAAAAUUAAUAGAUCCAUUUAUACAGCUUCUCCUGCAAAUAACUCUAUUAAAUCAGUAAGGCUAAUUAAUUCAUUUAGUUACUUAACUGAUAACUCAGUUUUAAAAAGGUAUAUCUUCACUUCUUCAGUAUUUUGUAAGCUCUCAACUCCAAAAAACGAAUCAUCUGACCCAAAAAAGCAUGGCUCUUUUACGGGAAGAAAUUCGCCUCCUAAGAGAGAUUGUUUUCAUCCAGGAGUCUCAUCUUUGGCUCGAGAAAAAAUAUAUUUUCCUCAGGCUACGAAAGUUACUGGUUUGGACAUGAUCAAUGCAAUGAUGUCGUAUAUUUGGCCAAAGAAUGAUGCACAAAUCAGAAAAAGAGUUACAAUUGCAUUAGGUUUAUUGGUGGGUUCUAAAGUUUUAAACGUUUCUGUACCUUUUUUUUUUAAAUGUGCCAUUGAUGGGCUGAAUACUGGUCUUAACAUGAAUUCACCAGAAGAAGCUCUUUUAACUGCUGCAGUUUCACUCAUGAUUGGAUACGGUAUUGCUCGAGCUGGAGCUGUCGGAUUCAGUGAACUAAAAAAUGCUGUUUUCGCAAAAGUUGCUCAGCAUUCGAUUAGAAAAAUUGCUAAAAAUGUAUUUCUUCAUCUACACUCUUUAGAUUUAUCUUUUCAUUUAUCAAGACAAACAGGCGCUUUGUCAAAAGCUAUAGACAGAGGGAGUAGGGGUAUUAAUUUCGCUUUAAAUUCAAUGGUAUUUAAUGUGGUGCCAACUGUAAUCGAACUCAUCUUAGUAUGUUCUAUAUUGGGUUGGCGUUUCGGGCCAGAGUUUGCAACGGUUGCUUUGUCAUGUGUCGGAGUUUAUGCUGCUUAUACUCUCGGAAUAACACAAUGGCGGACGAAAUUUAGGGUAUACAUGAAUCAAGCAGAAAAUGAUGCCGGAAACAAAGCUAUUGAUUCUUUGAUAAAUUACGAAACGGUCAAGUAUUUUAAUAACGAAAAAUUUGAAGCCGAUCGAUACGACAGUGCUUUAAAAAAAUACGAAACGGCGAGUUUAAAAACGUCAACAAGUUUGGCUUUACUUAAUGUCGGACAAAAUGGAAUUUUUAGCGUGGCUCUAAGUGUAAUUAUGAUUCUUGCUGCAAAAGAAAUAGUCAAAGGAAACAUGACAGUCGGGGAUUUGGUCAUGGUCAAUGGUUUAUUAUUUCAAUUAUCAGUACCAUUGGCAUUUUUAGGAUCAGUUUACAGAGAAGUCAGACAAGCUUUAAUAGAUAUGCAAACCAUGUUUUUGCUUAUGACCAUGGAUCCACAUAUCAAGAAUAAAUCUGGAGCUCCGCUAUUGAAAAUAUCUCCAGAAACAGCAUCUAUCGAAUUUCGUAACGUCUUCUUUCAAUACGAAGAAGGAAAACCAAUUUUGCAAAAUUUAUCGUUUGUGAUUCCUCCUGGUAAAAAAGUUGCCAUCGUCGGCGGUUCAGGCUCAGGGAAAUCAUCGAUAAUACGACUUCUGUAUCGAUUUUUCGAACCGGAUUCCGGUGAAAUAUUAAUCAACGGGCAAAAUAUCAAAGACGUGGAAUUAGAAUCUCUGCGAAAAAAUAUUGCGAUCGUACCACAGGAUAGCGUACUCUUUCACGAUUCGAUUUAUUAUAAUUUACAUUACGGUAAUUUAAAUAAAACUCGAGAAGAAGUUUUCAAAGCUUCCUCUCUGGCCGAUUUGCACUCAACCGUUUUGCAAUGGCCUAAAGGUUACGACACGCCGGUGGGAGAAAGGGGAUUAAAAUUAUCCGGCGGUGAAAAACAAAGGGUCGCCAUUGCCAGAGCAGUACUAAAAGAUUCACCAAUAUUAAUUUUCGACGAAGCCACGUCAAGUUUGGAUUCGAUUACAGAAAGAAACAUAUUGGACGCAUUGAAAAGAGCAACGGAAAAUAAAACGUCAAUUUGCAUCGCUCAUCGUUUGUCGACCGUUCUCGAUGCAUCGGAAAUUCUCGUUUUAGAUAAAGGAAAAAUUGUCGAGAGCGGAAAUCAUUACAAUUUACUCUCUUCUAAAAACAGUCUGUAUUCAGAACUUUGGGAAAAACAACAAUUUGGAAUACCUUCACCGGCAGCAUGA